UUCAUGAAAAAGAUUAUCCUAUAUUAUCUCAAAUAGCUAAGGAUUAUUUAUCGAUUCAAGCGAUGUUAGUUUUAUCAGAAAGAGCCUUUUUAAUUUCAGGCUUAGCUGUCUCAAAAGUUAGAAACAGGUUAAAUCCUGAAACAGCAAGAGCAAUUAUUUAUAUGAAGCAUUGGAUUUCAGAAAAAAGAAUU